AUGGCGCUCUCCCUUCGCGACGUCACGGCACACCCCGCCGACGCCGAGGCGAUAGAGCUCCUCAAGGAUGAGUACAGGAGGUGGUGCGUCAGGAGUCUGGACGACGACGACGACGACGACGGGUAUGGUAGCGGAGACGGGGAGGGCUGCAACAACAACAGCGACGCCGGCGCCGGUGCCGACAACGACGACCUGUACUUCGGGCUGCCCAACGUAACGGGUGCCUUCAAUGUGCGGGCGCUGGCUCGGGUGAAGUUCCCACGCGUGUGGGUCGUGCCGUUGGGGACGAUACCAGCCGCCUGCUACGCAAACGCGGCGGUGAACGGGGGCUCGAGCAUGUCGGUUCUGGGUGAUUACAGUAAAGCCCGCGCGGUGGUGCGCGUGUGCAGCGAGCUGCUCAAGUCGCCGGGCGAGGGGGGCUUACCCCAGAAGGUGUUGGCCAUGUGGCCAGAGAGGCGACCGCAGUCGACUCUGCCUCACCUGACGCAGAAGCAGCAGCCGGUGCUUUACUGGCCUGCGUUUGUGACGCGUAUCGUAGGCGUCUUUGCAGACCCGCUGCUGGACGGCUCCCCCGCCUGCCAUGCCAAACUCCAGGCGCAUGAGAACUUUGACGACAUUCUUGUCAUGGCGCUGCGAUCGCCGAUGCGGGUCUGCGUGGAUGUGGCAUUCUGCAUCGACGAGGUUAGCGAGGCGCGGCGGCUCACCAUCGCCCCAGCGGUGCGGUACCCCGUCGGCGCCGCCACGACACAUGAUCCUGAGAUUGCCCGGGUCUCGGAGCUGGCCAGUGCAACGCUGAGGGCAGGCCAGAGGGAACACCUGCGGGCUGCCAGUGAGGCGGAUUGCCCACUGCUCGUGCCGGAGGUGAUGCCGGAGGUGGUGUCGAUCCGCAACUAUUCCUACACCGCUGUGCCCGGAAAAGGACGGCGGGCAGCAACCGUAGCGUCAGGCUCCGCAGCAGCCCUGGCAUUUUCACCGUCCAUUGGAGUGACUUCCACGGCAGGGGCGACGGUAGCGGGAGAUGCGGCAUUGCAGAGUAGAAACUGUGCUGUAGGCGGCGGCGUUGUUGCUACUGCUGGGUUACCCAGGGCAAAACUCAACCGCAACACGCUCUCGCACAGCCCUAUCGCGUUGCUGGAUAUGUUGGCGGGCCCCAUUUGUCACGCCGGGAAGUUUGUUUUCCUAAAGCCGACGGUGCAGACUGCAGUGGCGGCGCAGCGUGCAGCUGUGGAGGAACUUCGGGCACUUUGGCAGAGACUGCGACGGGCACGGUUAGAACCCCUUCGUGCUGAAGAAGCUACGCUGCCGUCUUUGCGUGCCGAGUCGAUGAAGGAGGCUGCAGAGCCGCCCUUGCAGCUGCCUGAUCCCCACACGUACGUGAGCCCGUACGUGCAGGAAGACCGCAAGACAAGGGGAGAAAUGAGACCACCAUCGCCUACCAAUCCAUCACAUGCGUUGGCCGCUGCGGGACCGCAGUGCAAGCUUCCCGUCCUGCAGGGUCACGGUGGUGGUGGAUUGGCAGGCGAGACAGCGUGGCGGCGGCGACAUCAGGCGCAUGCGCAUUUGGGACCUGCCUCUGAGUCUACUGGCAGUGCAGCUCAGAGCCAAGGUGCAGAGAGUGCGAGGCGCUCGGCGCGGGCUGAGAAGUCGCCCUCCCUGUUUCGCACGCAUGACCCGGAGAGUGACAUUAGAACCCCGUGCACCGUCACCGCAUCGCAGUGCUCGCUGCUGUGUGAGGGUGGCACAGACGCGGGUGCCGUCGGCGGCCCUGCGCGAACACCCAACAGCGUGGGCCGCGCCACCGCCAGCGGCCACUCCGUCACGCUGGGACGCAGUGGUCUGUGGAGCGGCAAUAGCCGCACGCCGACACCGACGCCAGAGGUGGAACCGCUAGAGAUCUCGUCCCUCCACGACGCGCGGCGCGGUCGGCAGGCUACCCCGCGAUCAAUACCGGAGAAUAGAGAAACUGCCGCUGCUUGCUCAGUGCGGCGGGUGUUGGAGACGAACAUCGGCAAUAGUAAUAGUGUCACCGUCACCUGUAACGAUGAUAAGGGCGCAGAGGCGGCAGUAGGCAACAACAGACACCCUUCGCAGGUGGUGGGCGAAGAUUCUGCGCUGAGCUGGCAGAGUCUCACGUGGAAUGCUAGUAGCGAGGAGAGCUCACCGUGGAGGGAAUUCAAUCACGCGCAGCAGCGACGGCGGCACAUCUCCUGGCAGGGCGCCGGAGAUACCGCAACGCAGGCAGGAACACCGGAUGAGGAGGCUGACGGGAGGGCGCAAGAAACAGCACCAAGCCCCUCGCCGUAUGCAAAGGAUGCCUUUCACAGCUUCUCAGCGCCAGUGUCAGCGGUAGCAGGCCAAGAGAAACAGACGCAGGGCUUAUCGCCGCCGCGGCACUUGGGUAGAAAUGAUGGAGUAUGUGGGAAUUGUCUUCACGCAUUUUCACUUUAUGCAUCGAGGUCUGUUAUGCCAGUCCGUGGCACCUGCGGCAGCACGGCAUGUGUCACAAGGGACCACGAGAAGCCGAUGGGAAGCCAUGAGCGGGCGACAACAGAAAGCGUGAGAAAGAGUAAGUCACCGAUGUUCACGUCGCCAACGCGGCAGACGUCGACUGCACCGUCCUCGUGGCAUUUAAUUGACCGUGCGGGCGACGACGCUGCAUCUAUCGCGGUGCGCCACGCGUCCCUCCCUUCGCAUGCAGCAAGGAUCCCCAGCGCGGACGUCGGUGGCGCGAAGUGCCGCAACCGCGGGCAUUCUGAGCCACACCCUCGCAGUCGCGCUUCGCGUCAGGCUCGUUUUUUUACCGCGGACACUGCCAGAAGUUGCCGCUACGCCCUGACCUCGUGGCGUGAUCCGUCCGGGGUGGAGGUCAACGUGGAUGAUGCACGCCUCCUCCCACCCGCCGUGGCAAGUGCGUCCCCGGCACAACCCGCCGUUCACCUCGAGUCGCACCAGGAGCUGCGGCGGCGAACGGGGCACGAAGAUGUUUGA